CAUCUAUUUCAUCUUGACACAAUUUUCAACUCUCCAAGGCUUUUUACAUCUCCAAGCCACUUCAUCUCUCUGAGCCUCUCAAAUCUUUGACGUUUGCAACCAGCAAAGCAAAUCAGCUCAAAAUGUUCGGUCGUUCCUAUUUCACUUCCUUCGUUUCUUUCCUGGCGCUACUAGGCCCUGCUGCAACUACCGAACUGUAUCGCAUGGAUUUCCGCCCGCCUGUGCAGGUCAAAAAUGAUGGAGGCCUUUUGAGCCGUAAUCCUGAAGGGGACGGCUCCGUCAUUGACCAUGUCAAGAAUACGUUGGGAGACGAUGACCCAUGGGUGUCGACCACGACCGAUUAUAACGUCGCUAAAGGAGGUGCCACAUCCCCUGGCAACGUCUAUGUUUACUACAUCGACCCAUCGGGCCUCGAUGCUGUUGACACUCUUAUAGCGUUUCAGGAGGCGGGCGAACCACACCCUCAUCCUGGUGAGAAGGAAAUUUCAAUAAAGAGCUCUGUCCCUUGGGACCACAUAACCAAAUGGGACACAUUCAAGAGGAGCAAGAAGACCGCGACCACGACCAGGGAAGAAUUUGAGCAGAGUCAGGGUGGGAGUGCCAAGGGACGUUCCAUCCGAUCAUUCGUUGCUUGAAAUGAGCCGUCUUGUUGAUUACGGCGCGAAACCGCCUGCGCUGGCUGUCCUAAGAUGCCUACCUCACAACGCCGGAUUCUUUCUCUAGAUAUCAAGUAGCUCCGAACGUCGUGUAUGCAUAAAAACACUUGCUUUUCAUAGAAACACUCGCUUUUCCAAUACAUGUUCUAACUUUCAUUUCUUUUGAGUCUGUGUUGCUUCUUCAGUAGCUGCCUUUUGACAGUGGGUCGGUUAACCCGGGAGAAGAGGAAUAUUGCGGCGCAGGAGUUGGAGACCGAGGAGA